AAUCUAAUUCAGUGUCACAAGCCUUCUUUAAGGCGGUGUGCUCUCAACUCUUAAGGAAACCGCAGAGAGUACCGUCUUUCAGAAACAAGUCAUAAUUCACUGACGCUUACUGCGAUUCAGGGCUGAAAAACAAAGUUUACAAAGUCAGGUAUAAUACCCAGGCUCUUCGCGUUGCUAGGAUAUGCAGGAAAAACAACUUCGAGAAGGCUUGAAAGCGACGUGAGCCCAUCAUUAUCUAUUCCAUCAUCCGCGUCAGAAAACUCGCAGCAAGAAGUUUCCUACUAAGAUUUGCUUUAAAUGCGCCAGUUGUUUAACAGGUGAGCAUUGAGGAGAAAUAUGUAUACUGGCUUUGCAAUCUUCUUCUCUAUAUUGAUAUUUGUUAACCUGGUGGGAAAUACCCUGGUGAUUCUCGCUGUUAGCCUAAACAAGGCCAUGAGAUCUCCAAUCAACUAUUUGCUGAUCAACUUAGCAACCGCUGACAUGAUUGUGGCGCUGUUUAUAGGAAUACCAUUCGUCGUUACACCCAUCCUCACCCACCCGGAGGGGAAACCAGGCGACAUUCUCUGCAAGCUGUUCACUGGUGGUAACGUGGGAUGGGUGGGUGCGCUGGCUUCUGUUUUCACUCUGGUGGCUGUCGCAAUUGAGCGGUACGGCGCUGUGUUAUAUCCUCACAGCCAGAAAGGAAAACUAACAAGAACCAGGUUAACAGUCCUUAUUGCCACUUGCUGGACGCUUUCUGCUUUGUGGGCUAUCCCAGGGUUCAACGCGAUCACGUAUAUGCCGGAAAUAAAAAGUUGUGCGCACAGCUGGUCGAAGCCAAUCUAUGCGCAGUUUUACACGGUUGGGUGGUCUGUGGUCGCCGGUGUCAUUCCUAUAGGAAUAUUGGGAGCGCUUUACUCAAGAAUGGUGUACCACCUGUGGCUUAGAAAGGACAACAUUAGAGAAGCGACUCAGAAGGCUUUGAAACGCCACCGGAAACGCGUCACAAAGAUGGUUGUUGUUGUGACAGUUAUUUACGUUUUGUGCUGGGUUCCUGAACUGUUAAUAUACUUUCUGGGUUUUACGGGCACCAUUACUCUUGUAGGAGUCCAUCACGCGAUUGCUUCAGCCUUGAUCGUGUUCAACUCCAGCGUGAACCCGAUUGUGUACAGCUUACAGAGCAGUCAGUUUAGGAAACACUUGACUGAUUUGAUCUUCUGUAAGCGUAACAGGGUGGCACCUAUGAGUUCUACUGCCACGGCAAGCACAGGAAAACGACAAGGUUUGGAGAUGGAAGGCGAAACAAACAUGACAGUACAUCCAAGUCAAGACGUAGAGUCAGUGACAGUGACGUAGAAAAUGUUCAUAUGAACAUUGUAGCCCUAAGGAACAGGGAGACCAGGAUGAGCACUGUUCAAAUUGGGAAUCUUGUGCUCAGUCAAAGAAGGAAAGAUGAGGUUGAGCGGAGAAAAUGAUUGAGUCGCCUUCAGUACAUUGCCCAGGACAAAAGAGCGUACUUUAUAUCAUAUUUGCUUUAAUAUUACAGACUCACACUUUCCUCAUAAGUAUUCAUUCCUUCGGUGUGAAGAUGUUUGUUCUCUUGGGGGG